AUGCUAGGCUCUCAGUUUUCAGAUGUUGGAGACCUUGGAGAUUAUCAACAGUGUGAUGACGUAGAAAAUGCUGAGUAUAAUAUCUUGCAACUUAACAUAACUAAGCUUCCUCUUGACAUUAGGCUAGGCCUUUGCCUUCCUUCAGAAUGCAAUUGGGAUAAGAUGAAGAAAGCUGGAGAAUCGAUUACUCAAAGUUUAUCCAAACUAGUCAAAGGGUUGGCUAAUCAAUUGAAUAUUGGACUCUUAAUCGAUAAUGACGUAGGCUUGCAAGUAUACUUCUUCCAACCAACUGCUAGGAAUAAACAAGCCAAUGAUGAGAGCGGAACAAGCGCAUCUGCUAUGGGUGGAUUCAUUGGAUUUUUAGUUCUGUUAUCUUUUGGAGGUUCAAUUGCAGUGCUCAUGGCACCAACUCCGGUACCAACUCAUCCGCCUGAAAAUUUCAAAAAGCAGACUGCUCAAGUUGAACAACAGCAAGAACAAGAAUAUGCGGAGAGAGGGACUGCUGCUCAAACGUUAAAAACCAAAGCUUCCCAAUAUUCGAGACCCAAUACUAUCCACAACAGAUUAGGUCAGAAUGAGGUGGAAAGAGAAAGAGAGAACUCGCUUUUCCUGAAUAAUAAUAUUGUCCCAAAUUUGCAACCAAUUCAGGAGGACGAGAGAGAAUCUGUCCUUUGGAGCUAUAUCAAAUGCUUUUCUGUCCAAGAUAACCUCGAGCACUUAAUAUCUCCGAAGAGGAAUAAACUGGAUGAUCCUGAACUUGACAUCAUAGAAGGCAUGAAAGUAAUUACACUAUGCUGGGGAAUCAUCAUGUACACAAGUCUUUAUGUCUUGACUAGUUCAACCAGAAAUUUGCCUAUCCUUUUAGAAUUUUUCGAACAGUUCAUUUUCGCCCUUAUUUCCUCAGGAAACAAAGCCGCUGACUUCUUCUUUAUGAUAAUCACCAUGAUGUGAUUUAUUAAAAUAAACCAGCUCUAUGAUAUACGUAAAGGUCUUGGGAUCUUUGAUUAUGUAGGUAUUCUUCUUCACGGAUUCCUCAAGGUCGCUCCUCUGUACUACUUUGUCUUCUUUGCAGGAUGGUUAAUCAUCCCUAUGAUAUCUUCAGGAGCAAACUGGUUUGUUGGAGACAGACUCUUUGUCAGCUGAAGCUCUGAUUGGCCAUUUGUGAUUACGUUCUUGAACACUUAUUUUCCAUUCUUCACGAAAGCUUUGGAAGGGUGCUACUAUUGGCCUUAUUUAAUCCCCCACUACAUUAUGAGUUUAUUCUUUUUCCCAAUAUGGAUUUUUAUUUAUCGCUGGAACACUAACGUGUUCCUUGGAGUUCUCGCUCUCUUUGAAAUUGCUGGAACAUUGCUGGUUGGAUAUAUAGCUUAUGCUAACAAAUUGACUGUUGGAAUUCUUACUUUCGAAGACUACUACCUUUACACCUAUCAGUUCAAUAAGUUGCACACGAAGCUAUUCAACUUAGCUAUUGGACUUUAUGCUGGAUAUCUCUAUCUCAGAAUUUUAGAAUACAGAAAAGCAAGCUAUGACGAGAAGAAAGAGUAUUUCAGAAUCCUUCAUUUCUUCCACAACUCGCUUUUAGCCAAUAUUUGACUCUAUUUAUAUGGAACGGGAAUGCUAAUAUUUGUUGCCGGAAUCCCAAGAUCAGCAAAUGCAGAUGGUUAUUCAUGGACAAGGUGGGAAAACACUGCUUAUUUUGCCCUUGGUACAACAGGAUACCUUACCAGCGUCCUUGCUUUCAUGUUCAUCAUUUUCUUCGGAUAUGGUAACGCAAUGAAGAAGGUUCUUUCGUCAAGAGUCUGGAACUCUCUUUCCAAGAUAGGUUUAGGAUGAUAUCUGGUCUACCCAAUGAUAAUUACCCUCGGAUUUGUAGGAACUAAUACUUCAUUCUUCAUCUCGUAUCCCUCCAUGGUUUAUGCAUUUGUCACAAAUAUUGUAAUUUCCUUCUUAGCUGGGUUCGUCCUGCAUAUGGUAGUUCAGGCUCCAGCCAAUGGACUUAUCAGAGUAACUAAGAAAUUGAUUAUUGGUGAGAGAAUGCAAACACUCGAAAAAUUUAACCUAGCUUCAUCUGAAAAACCUCCUGUUGUUCAGAAAGAGGAAGAGAAGAAAUUGCUGGCUACAAUUGAGAAAGAGAAUGGUGAUUUCCUCACGAAUAGCCAGUUUAAGCUGAAGACUAAACAAGACGUUUAA